AUCAAAAGGAGACGGUAGGAACAAGAGGGGGAAAUAUAGGGGGAGCGGGAGAUCGCGAAUCCUGCCCAGUUACAUGAGCUCGGCCGCCGGAACAGCUGCUUUUCUCAGCUUAGGUAUUUCUGCCCAGGAAGAGCGGCCCAUUCCGAGGCUGGCUCCAGCAAUGGCCUUUGCAAAUCUACGGAAAGUGCUCAUCAGUGAUAGCCUGGACCCUUGCUGCCGGAAGAUCCUGCAAGAUGGAGGGCUGCAGGUGGUGGAGAAGCAGAACCUGACCAAAGAGGAGCUGAUAGUCGAGCUGCAGGACUGCGAAGGCCUUAUUGUCCGCUCAGCCACCAAGGUGACUGCGGAUGUCAUCAACGCAGCAGAGAAGCUCCAGGUGGUGGGCAGGGCUGGCACAGGCGUGGACAACGUGGACCUGGAGGCCGCAACGAGGAAGGGCGUGCUGGUCAUGAACACCCCCAAUGGGAACAGCCUCAGUGCUGCGGAGCUCACCUGUGGGAUGAUCAUUUGUCUGGCCAGGCAGAUUCCCCAGGCAACAGCAUCGAUGAAGGGGGGCCGAUGGGAUCGGAAGAAGUUCAUGGGAACAGAGCUGAGUGGAAAGACCCUGGGAAUUCUUGGCCUGGGCAGAAUCGGGAGAGAGGUGGCCACCCGGAUGCAGUCUUUUGGGAUGAAGACUGUAGGGUAUGACCCCAUCAUUUCGCCAGAGGUCUCGGCCUCCUUCGGUGUUCAGCAGCUGCCCCUGGAGGAGAUCUGGCCUCUCUGUGACUUCAUCACUGUGCACACCCCUCUCCUGCCCUCCACCACAGGCUUGUUGAACGACAGCACCUUCGCCCAGUGCAAGAAGGGGGUGCGCGUGGUAAACUGUGCCCGGGGAGGGAUUGUGGACGAAGGCCCGCCACAGGACCGAGCCUUGGUGGACCAUGAGAAUGUCAUCAGUUGCCCCCACCUGGGUGCUAGCACCAAGGAGGCCCAGAGCCGCUGCGGGGAAGAAAUCGCGGUCCAGUUCGUGGACAUGGUGAAGGGGAAAUCUCUAGCGGGGGUUGUAAACGCCCAGGCCCUUACCAGCGCCUUCUCUCCGCACACCAAGCCUUGGAUUGGUCUGGCAGAAGCUCUGGGAAUACUGAUGCGAGCCUGGGCCGGGUCCCCCAAAGGGACCAUCCAGGUGGUAACACAGGGAACAUCCCUGAAGAAUGCCGGGAACUGCCUGAGCCCUGCAGUCAGCGUCGGCCUCCUGAAAGACGCUUCCAAUCAGGCAGAUGUGAACUUGGUGAACGCCAAGCUGCUGAUGAAAGAGGCUGGCCUCGAUGUAACCAUCUCCCACAACCCUGCCGUGCCAGGGGAGCAGGCCUGCGGGGAAGGCCUCCUGACCGUGGCCUUGGCAGGGGCCCCCUACCAGGCCGUAGGCUUGGUCCAGGGCACCACACCGGUGCUGCUGGCACUCAAUGGAGCUGUCUUCAGACCGGAAGUGCCUCUUCGCAAGGGGCUGCCCCUGCUCCUGUUCCGGGCUCAGCCCUCGAACCCUGCGAUGCUGCCGACCAUGAUUGGGCUCCUGGCAGAGGCAGGCGUGCAGCUGCUGUCCUACCAGACCUCGGCGGUGUCGGACGGGGAGGCCUGGCACGUCAUGAGCGUCUCCUCCCUGCUGCCCAGCCUGGAGGCCUGGAAGCAGCACGUGACCGAGGCUUUUCAGUUCCAUUUCUAACCUCAGGGCCCACCAGGCCCAGCCUCUGGGGCUUUUGUGAAGAAACCUGCCCACUGUGAUCAACAGAGAGAUCGUAUUCCUGGGGUUGACACUGCUUAUGCUGCAGACCUUGUCUGACCCCUGCAGUAAAGCAAUAAACCACCUAAUAAAGAGCCCGCCCCAAA